AUGGAUUCCCAGGCCCCUAUGUCUGGGGGCGCUGAAGCCGAUGCGGAAUUGCGAGCCAGAUCGUUCUCUGCUGACCGAAUCAAAAAUGCGGUGCAAUCGCGCGCCCACGAGCAAACACCCCUACUUGCACCAGCAGAUCCUACUAGAUCAGACCGCGACGGUUCUAUCUACCGGAGCAGUGCCGAUGGCUUUCUCAGCCGAUGGCGGCAACCAAGCAUCCUAUGGUUGCUCCCGUUCCUUCUGCUAUUUAUGCUUGCAUUCGGUGGCAUAGUUGUUCCCAGGAUCAACUUGACUCUUACCCUGGUCUGCAGAGACUAUUUGAACAACAAGGCGGCUCAGGACCCUAAUUUCACCUUUACGCCGGUGAUAUUUGGCGGUCAAGAUCCCCAAUGCCGGGUGCCGGAGGUUCAAUCGCAAGUUGCUCGAUUCCAACUGUAUCUCAAUUUGAUUUCUGCCAUCCUGUCAGCACUGGUUAGUCCUCAUCUUGGCCACAUCUCAGAUCGUCAUGGCCGAACGCGCAUCAUGGCUAUUACGGCUCUGGGGAUGAUACUGGCCGAAUCGGUUGUCGUCAUCGUCGCAGCCAGCACGGAAACCAUUCCUACUAACGUUUUGUUCCUAUUUGCCUUGUUCGACGGACUCGGAGGCUCCUUCACCAGCAUGAAUGCCCUUACCUCCUCCUAUGUGUCCGAUUGCACGGUACCACAGAAGCGCAGCGUGGCAUUCGGAUAUAUUCACGGCUGUAUCUUCAUCGGCACUGCGACCGGGCCGCUUCUUGUGGCCUUCAUCCUGAAAAUGGCUGGAAGUAUCUUUUUUGUAUUUUGUUUCAUGUUGGCCCUCCAUGUGCUCUUUUUCUUGGCCGUGUUGUUCGUGAUUCCCGAAUCCCUCUCCGAGGAACGGCAGCAAUCCGCCCGAGAAAAGCAUCGGAUGAAACUCGCCGACAGAGACGCCCUCGGUUGGCUUUCUCUCCAGCGGUGGAACCCAAAGAAUAUCUUCACUCCUCUACUGAUCUUAUUCCCGCCCGUUGGACGGCCUAGCUCGCUGUUUCCUAAUCGGCGGGGCGCGAGUCCGGCUCUACGAAGAAACAUCGUUCUCCUGGCCGGCCUUGACACCGUUGGGUUUGGCGUGACCCUGGGGGUCUCUCAAAUUUUCAUCAUCUAUGCCGGCUACAUGUUCAACUGGGGGAAUGUCGAGUCCAGCUUCUUCAUCUUCGUCCUCAGCACCUGUCGGGUCAUCACUCUGUUUGCCGUCUUCCCCGCCGUUAGUUGGCUCUUUCCCGGUAAACCUAGACCGGAGGGCACUAUUUCGGGCUCCAGUCCACUUGAGAUCAAUUUAAUCCGCAUUUCGCUGUUUAUAGACAUGCUGGGAUAUUGCGGGUUCGCGUUGGCAAACAACGGCUCGUUCAUGAUCCUCUGCGGAGCCUUCACGGCCCUUGGAGGGAUGGGCAUCCCGACGUUGCAAUCAUCCAUCACUCACCAUGUGCCUCCGGAUCGAAUCGGGCAGAUUCUGGGAGCCAAAGGCCUUCUACAUGCGCUCUCUCGAGUCAUCGCCCCGACGGUCUUCAGCCUCAUAUACAGUCUGACGGUGGGCAAGUAUACGCCGGCGAUCUUCGUUUGUCUAGUCGGUAUUUGGGGCAUCGCGUUAUGCACUAGCUUUUACCUCAAACCCAACAUUGGUCUCGAAACAGACGGUCGAGACUGUCAUGGGGAGGCUAAUGAAGAGGGUGCAGAAGAGGACGAGAGCCUCUUGCAUUCAUGA